CAACGCUGCUGACCUUGAUUUUGUCUCUGCUUGUCAAGCACGCGGAUUCCGCUCUCUCAGUCCGAUCAAUUGCGCUUCUUGCUUUCUAGAGGGCGCUUCCGUGACCUCUUUUUCGGGCGCAGGUAGCCCUGUCAAACCCAUAUCCCUCACUUUCCUUGGCUUCCGGCCCCAUCGCUAUGAGUAUGUUCUCUUUCGACUCCAACGCCUCCAGUGGCGCUUCCAAAGGUGGUCUUUUUGGGUCCGCCGGAGGCGCAAAUUCUGGUGCUCCCAGCGGCGGUGGGCUCUUUGGCAAUGUAGGAGCUACCACGACAAGCGGCUCAUCUUCACCUCUUUUCGGUAACGCUGGAGCUGCCGCUGCCAACAGCAACGCAUCCCCGUUCAGUUUUGGCGCUGCGAGCAAGCCAGCAGCAACGGGCCAGUCGACGCCCUUAUUCGGUUCCAACGCUUCCUCCACCCCAAACAAAACGACCGAAACCCCCAGCUCGGGACAGACUGCUACCAGUGGACUUUUUGGAAACAACGCCUCCAAGCCUCUGUUUGGCAAUGCCACAGCUACCCCGGCGCAACAGGGAGGAGGCCUCUUCGGAGGUGCUUCGUCCACUACGCCUGCUGGACCCCCGCCUGCCACUACCGGUCAAGCGCCUUCUCUCUUCGGAGGAGCCCAGCAGGCACAAAAGCCCGCCAACUCUCUGUUUGGGGGCUUGAACCCGACUCCCGCCGCCACUACGGCCCCGGCUGCUACGAGCACCACCAGUUCUGCGACCACCGCGGCGACCACCGCUCCUUCGUUGUUCGGUAAUGCCAACGCUACACAGCCGCAGUCGACUGGCGGCGGCCUGUUCGGGUCAAACCCGGCUCAAAAGCCAUUGUUCAACGCAACCCCUUCGGCAACCACGGGCGGUGGUCUCUUUGGAAACGCGAACAAAGACAAGCCUGCCGAAACCACAACAACAACAACCCCCGCGACUACUACCAACGACAGUGCCCCGAAAUCUCUCUUUGGCAAUGCCGCUCCGGCUGGAGGUGCUGCCCCUGCUUUCAAGCCACUGAGCGGUGCCGAUGCGACAAAGCCCGCCUUUCCCUCGCUAGGUACCCCGACUACCGGCACCACAUCCUCCACCACACCCGCUGCUUCCUCUUCUACUCCUCAAAAAUCACUAUUCCCUACACUCGGCGGAACGACUUCAUCAGCCACCCCUUCUACUACCCCAGCUGCCCCUAGCGGCGGAUUGUUCAACCUUGGCGGAGCUGCCGCGACGAGCACAACUACAACCACCCCAAGCACCACAGCUACUGCUGCCCCAACAACCACCCAAUCCGCUGCCCCUGCUACCGGCGGUUUGUUCAGCAAGCCUGCUGCGACCCAACCCUCCACCCAAUCCGCUACCACACCUGCAGCUACCGCAACCGACAAGCCCGCGACGUCGACUACCAUGCCUGCAACAGGCGCCAGCGGCCUCGGUGCCUCCACGGCCGGCCCCACCCCUCCCGCCCAGUCCCGCCUAAAGAACAAGACUAUGGACGAGAUUAUCACCCGCUGGGCUACCGACCUUACCAAGUACCAGAAGGACUUCCGCGAACAAGCCGAGAAGGUUGCCGAAUGGGACCGCAUGCUCGUUGAGAAUGGCACCAAGGUCCAGAAGCUUUAUGGUAGUACCGUUGAUGCCGAACGGGCCACACAAGAAGUGGAACGCCAGCUCGCCUCCGUUGAGGGACAGCAGGACGAACUGAGCUCGUGGCUCGACCGGUACGAGCGGGAAGUCGAUGAGAUGAUGUCCAAGCAGCUCAAUCCUGGUGAAUCUCUCCAGGGACCGGACCAAGAGCGUGAGCGAACUUAUAAGACUGCUGAGCGACUUUCCGAGCGCCUUGACGAGAUGGGCAAGGAUCUUACCAGCAUGAUUGAAGAAGUCAACAGUGCCUCUGCUACUCUGAGCAAGACAAGCAAGGCUGAUGAGCCGAUUUCUCAAAUCGUCCGCAUCCUCAACUCCCACCUUGCGCAGCUUCAAACGAUUGACCAGGGCACCACCGAGCUCCACGAGAAGGUCGCCAAGGCGCAGCGGGCGGGUCAGUCGCUGUCUUCGCGAUUCGGAUACGGAGGAUUGGGUAGCUCGACGAUGGGCGGUAGCGCAGCGGAUGAUUUCUAUCGGUCUUACAUGGGACGGCGCUAAACAUAAUGCAGUGGAGUUUUGAUUUCAUACUGGUGGGGGCCCCUUCACGUUUGCGCUAGCCUUUUACUCUACAGUUUUGUAUCCACUGAGAAAUGCUUUUUUAUCGGAGUACUCGUUUUGCACUUGCGACUGUGGCUGCGUCGGAUUUGUCAUGGGAUGGGAAGGAUAAUGAAG